UCUCCAGUUCAGUCCCAACAUUUCCUCACUUUACCCAAAGCCGCGCACAACAUCCCACCAGUGACUGCGCGCUGUGCCAGGACGCACACACACACUCACUCACUCACACACACGCUGUGAGUCUGCGAACUGCAUGUGCGCAAGCUGCGGAUUUCCUCCAUAAUGUUGGGCGCAGUGAAAAUGGAAGGACACGAAACUCCAGACUGGAGCAGCUACUAUAAUGAUGCACAAGAGGUCUAUUCUCCCAUGACGAACAGCAGCAUGAACGCUGGGCUAAGCUCUAUGAAUAAUAUGAACAGUUACAUGGGCAUGUCCACCAGUGGAAAUAUGACUUCCAGUUCUUUCAACAUGUCCUACGCGAACCCAGCGCUGAGUGCGGGACUGAGCCCGGGCACCAUGGCCGGGAUGCCCCCGGGCGCCACCGGCGCCAUGAACGGCAUGAGCGGCGGCGUGUCGAGCAUGGGCACCGCGCUCAGCCCGUCCAACCUGAACGCCAUGACGGCUCAGCACAGCUCCAUGAACGCCCUGAACCCGUACUCCAGCAUGAGCCCCACCAUGAGCUCCAUGACAUACGCGCAGCCCAACCUGAACCGGGCCAGGGACAACAAGACUUUCAGGAGAAGUUACCCGCACGCCAAGCCGCCCUACUCGUACAUCUCCCUCAUCACAAUGGCUAUCCAGCAGGCACCCAGCAAAAUGCUUACCUUAAGUGAGAUUUACCAGUGGAUAAUGGACUUGUUCCCCUACUACCGUCAGAACCAGCAAAGGUGGCAGAACUCCAUCAGGCACUCGUUGUCGUUCAACGACUGCUUCGUCAAGGUGUCCAGGUCGCCCGACAAGCCGGGAAAGGGCUCCUACUGGACUCUGCACCCUGAUUCUGGGAAUAUGUUUGAGAAUGGCUGUUACCUGCGAAGACAGAAGCGCUUUAAGUGCGACAAAAAGUUGUCGGACGGAAAGAGGUCAGACGGAAAGCGAGACCAGUCGAGCGGCUCGGGCUCGCCGGCCAGCGACAGCACCAGCAGCAAACCUGCCCACAUGGACUCGAGCUCCAUAACCUCCUCGAACCAGUCAUCCAGUCCUCCCAGUUUGGACCACAGGAGCGGUAGCACCGCCAGCUCUGAACUGAAGAGCACCGGCCCACAGGUGCACCCCGUAUCCACGUCCCUGUCCUCGCUGCACUCGAUGGCCCACGAACCCCAGCUGCACCUCAAAGGAGACCCCCAUUACUCCUUCAACCACCCGUUUUCCAUCAAUAAUUUAAUGUCCUCUUCAGAGCAACAGCAUAAACUGGAAUUGAAAGCGUAUGAACAAGCGUUGCAAUAUUCCUCCUAUGGCUCAGGGAUGUCUUCCAGUUUGCCCAUGGCCGGGAGAGCCAGCAUGGACCCUUCGGCUUUAGAGGCCUCUUACUACCAAGGUGUGUAUUCCAGGCCUGUUCUUAAUACAUCUUAGUCAGUUGACGACGAAAAAAACAAACAAACAAACAAACAAACAAAAAACUUAUUUUAUUUUUUGCAUGCA